UGCUGCAACAUAGUGCCUGGCUAUGAAGCUACAUCUAUUUAUAGAGUCCUUAUCGUCAAUCAAACACAGCGCAACUGCGGUGCUACCCAACCAGCAGCAGUGUGAGCAAAGGAGGGAGCUUCGCUUUCAUUUUCUUAAGAGAGAGGCGAGGAAGUGAUUUGAAGUUGAGGGCCGGGACACUCCUGCUUGACGAAGAGCUGAUGGAGUUUUCUGAGCAUAUUAAGACCGCCAAUGUGGAGGAUGUGGUGCUCCGGCAGCCUCUGCACCCACCGAGCAGAGGCACCCUGUGUAUCACUGGCCACCACCUGCUCUUCUCAGACAGGGAGGAGGGCAGCUCUCGGCAGGUUUUACUGCUACUCAGGAACAUCGAUGCCAUCGAGAAAAGUGUGGAAAACCUUUUGGGCUACUCCAGCCUCUUCUCUAGUGCAGGCCGCAGUGAAAGGAUAUCUGGAUCUUCAGGGACGAUUACCAUCAAGUGUAAAGACCUACGUGUGCUCCAGCUUGACAUCCCAGGCAUGGAGCAGUGUCUCAACAUUGCACGCUCUAUUGAGACCCUGUCCUGUCUGGACUCUGUGUCGGAGAUGUACCCUUUCUUUUACAGACCUUCUGAUCUCAGCCUCCAGGACCAGUGGGGUCUCUCAUCCCCUGAAAAGCACUACACUCAAAUGAAGGAGGUUCAAAAUAGGUGGAGACUGAGCACUGUGAACAGAGACUACACAGUGUGUCCCUCCUACCCUGCAGCUGUCAUCGUCCCAAUGGACGUAGAUGAUGAGGCGCUGAAGAAGGUGGCCAAAUUCAGACAGGGAGGACGCUUCCCUGUCCUCUGCUACUACCACAGGAAGAAUGGCAUGGUAAUCGUGCGUAGCAGUCAGCCACUGACGGGAGCCAAUAGGAAGCGCUGCAGGGAAGAUGAGCACUUCUUCCAGGCUGUGAUUGACGGCUCAGAUAAAGGUUACAUUAUUGACACACGCUCCAGUCAGCAGGCGCAGCAGGCCCGGAUGACGGGUGGAGGGUUUGAGUCCAAAUCGUGCUACAAUCACUGGAAGAGACUGCACAGACAGAUGGAAAGGGGUAAAGCACUCCAGGAGAGUCUAAUUAAACUGGUGGAGGCCUGUGGUGACGAGGCCAACAAUAUGGACCGUUGGCUCAGUAAGCUUGAAAACUCAAAGUGGCUGUCUCACGUCCAGACUGCUCUGUCAACAGCUGGCUUGCUGGCAGAGUGUGUGGAGAGGGAUGGUCACUCAGUUCUGGUGCAUGGCUCUGAAGGGACAGACUCCACUUUGCUCAUUAGCACUCUGGCACAGCUCAUCAUGGACCCAAGUUGCCGCACACUGGAGGGCUUCCUGGCUUUGCUGGACAGGGAGUGGGUACAGGCAGGGCACCCAUUCCAACAGCGAUGUGCACAUUCAGCCUACUCCCAUGCUCGUCUCCAGCAGGAAUCCCCAGUCUUCUUGCUGUUGCUGGACUGUGUGUGGCAGGUGUGGCACCAAUUCCCCCUGGCACUGGAGUUCUCUGAGGCUCUACUCCUGAGGCUGGCGACCGAAGUCUACGCCUCUGACUAUGGAACCUUCCUCUGUAACAAUGAAAGGGAGAGGUGCGCUCUAGGAGUGAAAGAGAAGACUCACUGUUUGUUCCAGGCCCUGCUGAGGUCAAGAGAGAGAGAGCUCUACUCCAACCCCUUAUAUGAGCCCACUGAGCUGGCCAUUUGGCCUUCAGUCCACCCUCAGUCCCUGCAGCUGUGGAGAGGCUUUUUUCUGAGGUGGACCCAACAGGCUCGCCACCUGGAAGAAGCCCAGGAGGAAAUAAGGAAUAUGAUCAUUGAGUGGGGGAAGCUGGCACUGAGCUGAUGCUCUAUUAGUGUAUGAACAAUGGAGUGGAGAUGGUCAGCCUGAAUAUGUAGAACAUUUACAUAUAUA